GUGGGCACCCAUCCCUGGGGGCUGCCAGAUCCCACCCCGGGGCCCUUCGCCGGGGCUGGAGGAGCCACAGGUUCAGGGGGGCUCAGCUGGCAAGGGCAGCAUUUGGCAGGAGCUCCAGGUUUGUUUGCGGCAGGCUGGGAUCACUGCUGGCCCCCCCUCACCAACCUCAGUGCUUAUUUACUUGGAGAAGGAGGUGGAAAUGCGCUGACCGCGUCCGCCGGCGGCGAGGGGCUCCGGUCUGGACAGAACCAGCUUGGGUGGAAAACAGCUCCCCAGCUCCGGCUCUGGUGGUGGGGAGGCAGCUGGGAGGGCGAGGGGGGCCCCCCUGGCUCCAGGUACAGCUCUCGCCUUCCCGAGGUGAACCGCCGCGGCGGGCUGAGCCGGUGUUGCCGCAAAGCCGGGGCCAAGCCAGCUGUGCCACCGUGCCAGCCUCGCCAACCGCGCCAACCACGCCAGCCGCCCGACCCUGCGGCUCCAUAGGAAAGGGUCCCUGGACGCCCGGCUCAACGCCCGCACCACGGUGCAGGAUGGGUGCCGCGGCAGUGCCGCUGGCGGCCACCUGCGUGCUGCUGGCCCUGCUCCCUAUGGCCAGCAGCCAGACCACCCCUCCCGCUGGCUGCAGCAAGGACCUCUCCUCCCUCUACUACAACCUCUGCGACCUCUCGUCAGCCUGGGGCAUCGUGGUGGAGGCUGUGGCCAGCCUCGGCGUGGUGACCAGCUUCGUGCUCACCAUUGUCCUGGUGGCCAGCCUGCCCUUUGUGCAAGACUCUCAGAAGAAAAGCUUGGUGGCCACACAGGUCUUCUUUCUUCUGGGCAACUUUGGGCUCUUCUGCCUGACAUUUGACUUCAUCGUGGGGCCAGAUUUCUCCACAUGCACCUCUCGCCGCUUCCUCUUUGGUGUCCUCUUCAGCAUCUGCUUCUCCUGCCUGCUGGCACACGCUGUGGCCCUCAACUUCUUGGCACGGAGAAACCAGAGCCCACGGGGCUGGGUGACGCUGGCAGUGGCCCUGCUUCUCACCUUGGUGGAGGUCAUCAUCAACGCUGAGUGGCUCAUCAUCACAGUGGUGCGGCAAGAGGGCAGCUCCCCAGACCCUUGCCAGCUGGCGGAUGCUGACUUUGUCAUGGCACUCAUCUACGUCAUGUUCCUGCUGGUGGCUACGUUCACCACUGCCUGGCCGGCCCUCUGUGGCCACUACAACCGCUGGCGCAAGCACAGCGCCUUCAUCCUGGCCACCACCGGCUUCUCCAUUGCCAUCUGGGUGGCGUGGAUGGCCAUGUACCUCUAUGGGAACCAGCACGCAGGCGAGAAACCCGGCUGGGAUGACCCCACACUGGCCAUCGCACUGGUCUCCAACGCCUACGUCUUCCUCUUCCUCUACGUCAUCCCUGAGGUGACACAUGUGACGCGGCAGGACCCUGAGCAGGCCUUUGAGGAUGACAUGUACCCCACACGCGGGGUGGGCUAUGAGACCAUCCUCAAGGAGCAGAAGUCACAGAGCAUGUUCGUGGAGAACAAAGCCUUCUCCAUGGAUGAGCCCUCCUUCGCCAAGAAGCCGGUGUCCCCAUACAGUGGCUACAACGGGCAGCUCCUGACCAGCGUCUACCAGCCCACCGAGAUGGCUCUGAUGCACAAGGGGCCGACUGAAGGUCCCUACGACGUGAUCCUGCCCCGUGCCUCUACCGCCAGCCCGGCAACCGGCAGCGCCAGCUCCACGCUGCGAGCCGAGGAUGCCUUUGCGGCACAAGCCCGGCACAGCAGUGCCCAGCGGGACGGCAGGAGCUGCCAGGUGCAGUCCCCAUACAGCAGGAACCGGUGGUGAAGCCCCCGCAGCGCGAGUCCCACAGCGCCGGCAUAGCCGUGGCCCCACCGUCCUGCUCCUGAGGUCUCGCCAUGCCUCAUCCCACCCUGCCGCGUACAUCCCACUCCGUCCGGAGCCAGUUCCUGUGCAGGGGAUGCCUGGAUGUGGUCCCAGAGCCAGCGCUCCUGCCUGCCUGUCCUGCCUGGCUGCGGCACCCACAAGCUGCCAGCUCUGCACGGACCCCCACGUCCCUGCUGCCAUCCCUGCUGCAAGGACCAGCUCCCAUGGGGCCACCCUGAACCGUCCCCUAGCUGCCUUCCUGACACACGGACACUCCAUCUCCUCUGGGCCAGGGAUCAGCCGCCACCGAGAAGCCGGUGGGACUCCUCCCUGGGCUCCCCCAGGGCGCUGAGCCCCCCCAGUUCCACGCUGAGCCUCGCCAGCCCUGUGGACAUUGCACGCCCUGCACCGUCCUGCCACAGGGUACAAGAAAACAGAACUCUCCCCAGCCUUGGCUCCCACUGUGCCUCAGUUUCCCCGUUGCCAGGGAAGGGAGGCUGCUCAGGGUCCAGGAGAUCCGUGCCUUGCUGGGGCUGGGGACCCAGCUCCUCAUGGCUCCAGCCACCUUCUCUGUGCCUUCCCCUCUCGGGGAUCCGUCCUGGGGAGCAGGGAGGGAGCUGGGCUUCUCAACCUCCUCGUGACUUUCUCUCUUAUGUUUCCUCUUCCCCUGAUUUUUCAGGUCAGACCCAAUAAAAGUGGGUUUUU